UAUUUUAUUCAUUUCUCUUCCCCCCUUCCCUCGCUCCCCACUUCACAUCCUACCCCCCUUUCCCUCUCAACUUCUUGAUCUUGCCUCCAUGGCGCUGAAAACCCUAAACCCCCCGGUCGCCUGGAGGCACAAACCCUCGUUCCCCCUCGACGACUGCGCGCUCUUCCAGCUCCUGCCGCGGAGGUUCGAUCGCCUGUCGCAGCUCCAUGCUGUCCAGAACCGCGGCGGGAUCCGUAUCGCCAGCGGAAGGAGGGGAUUUGGGUGUCUUGGAGCGGGGGCCGGAGAUGGCGCCAGGAGAGGAGUGGCUCCGAAGGGUGUAGAUUUGGCCACACUGGGGAAUCUGUGCGUGGAUAUCGUGCUCAGCGUCCCGAGCUUGCCUCCGAAGCCGCUUGACGAGCGGCGGGCUUACAUGGAGCAAUUGGCGACUUCUCCUCCCGAUAAGAAAUAUUGGGAAGCUGGCGGUAACUGCAACUUGGCAAUAGCUGCAGCAAGGCUGGGGCUUCAUGUUGCUACCCUUGGUCAUGUGGGUGAUGAGAUAUAUGGGCAUUUCCUUCUCGAUGUGCUUCAGGAUGAGUGCAUUAGCAUUGUUGGAAUGAAUGAGAAUGCAGAAGCUACUGUUCAUAAUUCCUUCUAUGAAACACUUCUUUGCUGGGUUCUUGUGGAUCCAUUUCAAAAGCAUGGAUUUUGCAGCCGUGCUGACUUUAGUGAUGAGCCUGCAUUUAGUUGGAUAAGCAAGCUAUCAGAACAAGUUAAGAUGGCUAUUCGGCAAUCAAAGAUCCUUUUCUGCAAUGGUUAUGCAUUUGAUGAACUUUUGCCCAAUGUGAUCAUCUCUGCCCUUGAUUGUGCUAUUGAUGCUGGGACAGCGGUAUUCUUCGAUCCUGGUCCACGUGGAAGAAGCCUUCAUCAUGGCACGCCAGAAGAGCAGAGGGCACUCAAUCUGUUUCUGAGGCUCAGCGAUGUUCUUCUUUUAACUUCAGAUGAG